AUGGCCUUGCAAGAAGAUAUGAGAAAACAGGCUGAGGAAUUGAGGGAACUGAGACAGCUGAGGCAACAACAAGCUCAGCCAGCACCAUUAAUUAAAGAUAUUCAACAACAUAUAGCACUGAUUGUAGCUAUUCCUGGACCUGUCAAUAAUUCAGAGCUAUUGUAUGAAUGGUUCAGGAAGCAACAUCCUCCAGUGUUCAAAGGGAGCACUAAUCCAUGGAAGGUCGACCAAUGGAUGAGUAUGAUGGGGUCAAUUCUGGACUUCAUAUUAGUUGAGGGAAAUGAUAGGGUAGCCUGUACAACUCUCAUGCUGAGAGACGACGCAAGAAUUUGGUGGGAAGUGAUCUCCCAGACAGGAGAUGUUACUACAAUGACCUGGGCAGAGUUUCAACAAGCAUUUAAUGACAAGUACUACAAUGCUUCAAUACGGGCGUCAACGGUAGAUGAAUUUGCUACCUUGACCCAGGGGAAUAUGACGGUGACGGAGUACACAUUAAUGUUUGAUCGACUUGCCAUGUUUGCAGUAGAAUUAGUGCCAACCAAUGCAACUAGAGUAGAUUGGUUUGUUCAAGGCUUGAAGCCUAUGAUAACAAGAGACGUGGAGAUUGUGUCAGUAGGGGGCAAUAGUACAUAUGCUCAAGUUCUAGAAAGGGCCCUCAUUGCUGAAAGAAUGGAAAAUAAAAUCUGGAUGAAAGGUGUUGCUAAGAGAAAGGCAAGAAAGAAUGCCGCUAAAGGUCAUAACUCUAACGAUCAGAAAAGGAAGGGAAGUGACCUGGCAGGGCAGUCAAGCCAGGAUAAAAGGGCAAAGGAUAUAGGGGAAAAAAUUGCAUUCAGGUCUGGAUCAACCGAGUUCAUUCGGGUGGCUGGGGAGGUUGAUGAUUGUGGUUGUGCUGGGGAAUCUGGUGACAUAGUAGAAGCAACCACCUCGUCCCUUUGA